AUGAUCAACGCACGCGCUCAGCAGACCGAGCGCAACCAAAGGCGCCACCAGCACGCGAAGAAGCCCAACUUCGACGUGGGUGAUUACGUUUUAAGGUCGAGGGUGGACAGUAAACACCAAGACAAGCUACUAGUGACAUAUCAAAUCACACGAGCAGACUCGCACUCGUUCACGGUGCGGCAUCUCGUCACCGGGGAGGAGACAGACGUCCACAGCUCCCGGUUAUAUGCUGACAGCUCGUUGCAGAUCACAGAAGAGAUCCGUGAGCAUGUAGCGGCCCAAGGCCAAAUCCUGGCGAUCAAUGAACUACUGGACUACACAUGGAACAGCGCUAAGAAGGACUACGACGUGCUAGUGGGCUGGAAGGGCCUAGAGCCUAUUGAGGACUCCAACGAGACGGCCAAGUCCCUAGCUAAGGAUGUACCCGCGUUGCUACGACAGUUCGCAGAACGAUGUGGUGAUACUCGUUUCGAACGCCACGUCCUUGCACUGACCAAGCAGCGCUCCGAGGCGUAA